AUGCAACAACCAAACGUGCCCUUUGGCGGUAAAGUGGUUAUUCUUGGUGGAGACUUUCGACAAAUUUUACCCACUGUCGUAAAGGGAACAAGGGCAAAUAUUAUUGACGCAACUAUAACAUCAUCGAAUUUAUGGCCACUUUUCAAAGUCACCCACUUAACAAAAAAUGUGAGAGCUCUACAAGACCCUGCUUAUGCUGAGUGGCUGUUAAGUGUCGGUGAGGGACGAGCUAAUGAACCGAACUCAGAAGAACUAAAAGUGCCCAGAGAAAUGCUGGAAUUACAUUUGCAGGAUCUUAUCAAUCACUGUUUCGGCCAACAGUAUGACAAACCAGAUCAUGAUGACGCAGCCAUAUUAUGUCCAAUAAAUGAUGCAGUGAACAAUACUAACAAACAAAUUGCACAGUCAAAAUUAAAAGAUGAUCCAAGUGCCAGAAAAUAUUUAGCAGCUACAAACUUAAUUAAUUUAAACCGGAAUGAACAGCAGCAAGAAGACAACGACGAAAAUAGACCAGAAGAUCCCCGACCAAGAUUUAAUGAAGAAUACCUGAACAGUCAUGAAAAUGCCUCACUUCCGUCCCAUGAUCUCUUAGUGGCUCCAGGCAUCAAUGUAAUGCUAAUAAGAAACUUGAGUUGGUGGUGGUUUGUGCAAUGGCACCAGAUUAAAGAUAACACAAUGUCUCAACAACUUGCCCAUUUGUAA